AUAGCACACUCCCUCUUUGUAAGAUAGAAAGCUGCUGCUGUGCCCAGGGCACACACUGCCACCAGACUCUCCACACCUGAACAAGGCAGGGCACCCAAGGUUGUCCUCAACUGAUACCUGAAUCCCACCAUCAUCAUGUCUACCACCACCACGUCUACAUGUGUUGCUAGACCCUUCAGUUACCUCUGUGACACAAAUGCAGCAUGGGGCAUUGUGUUGGAAACCCUGGCUGCAGCCGGGAUUGUGUUCAGCAUUGUCCUUAUGUUAGCCCUUCUCAUUAUGGUCCCCCGUAUUGGUGAUUAUGCCAAGCGGGCUGUUGUUCCUGUCCAGUUCAUCUUCCUCGUCGCCACAUUUGGGAUAUUUGGCCUUACGUUUGCCUUCAUUGUUGAACUGACUGACCAAACCUGCCCAACAAGGUUCUUCCUCUUUGGAGUCUUGUUUGCCAUCUGCUUUUCCUGCCUAUUGGCCCAUGCUUCUAAGCUGGUGAAGCUUGUUCGAGGUGGACUUGGAAUCUGUUGGUGGGUGAUGCUGAUAAUGGUGCUGUUUCUGUCACUGGUGCAGGUAGUAAUAGCAAUUCUUUAUAUUGUGCUCAGUCUGGUGAGGGGCGCAACCCCUUGUUCUGUCUUCAAUACAAAUACCAAUUAUCAACAGAUAAACCAAGAUUUUGUACUCGUCCUCAUCUAUGUAUAUCUGCUAAUGGCCAUCACCCUUAUUGUUUCAGUCAUCAGUUUAUGUGGACCAUGCAAAUACUGGAAGAGACAUGGAGCACAUAUUUAUGUCACAAUGUUUUUAUCCGUGGGCAUUUGGGUGGCCUGGAUCUGUAUGUUACUUAGGGGAAAUGUAGAACUAAAUCAGGGCAAUCACAACUGGGAUGACCCAGUGUUAGCCAUUGCUUUAGUAGCCAACGGCUGGGUUUUCCUCAUGAUGUAUAUAGUACCAGAGCUUUGUCUGAUGACCCGAUGCCAACCAGACACACAGAAAGACUGUGUCCAAACUCAACCCCGUCUACUUAGACAGACCAUUGGAGUGGAUAAUCGAGUGUUCACCCAUGAAAACAUCAACCAAGGACAAGACUCAGGAAGAUGUUCCCCUGUUUCUUCACAGAACGAUGCUACCAUUGCCAUGAGAGACUUAGAACAAAUAAAGGAUUUCAGUAUACCUCGCCCACAGCAACGCCAAAACCCAUACAUGCAGUACCGGUCCCAUGAUCUGACCAGCAUGUAAGUGGAAGAAGCAGAAUGUGAGAUGCUGCCACGUACAUCCAAGGCUACCACCUCAGUCCCCCACAUCCCACUGCACAGUAAGAAUUUGGAAACCAGAAUUUCUGGAGUGGAUCCAACUACCAACACAGAAAUGUUGUUGUUGUUAUUAUUAAUAAUAUAGGGAAAAGACAUUUAAUUGCUCUCUUGCAAUAGUACCUGGCAGUAUAUAGUAAUUUAUUUAGUUCUUACCACUGGCACCGAAACUACUAAAGUCUAACAAUUGUUUUGCCGUAAUGUUGAUCUAUAAAGUUGGCACAUUAGAUGAUCUGUAAAGUAACACAAUAUUAUUUAGCCAUUUUAGGUCUGGACUGGGAUUUAACAUAGGCCUUGGCAUUUUAAGUACACAGAGGCCCAAGCAGCCCCCCAAAUAGUGACUGUCUAUGGCAUCCUCCAGCAGCCCCUCUGGCAUUUGCCAGAACCCACAGAUUGCCAGUCCAGGCCUUUAUCUGCCUAGUUUGUUAGCACAGUUUAACCCCAUUGAAGAUUAAUUCAUUUUAAGGUUUCUCCCUGCCACCAUUUAAAAAAAAAAAUUCUACCAGAAAAUAUCACAACUGCUGCAUCGGUACUUCAAAAUAUAUUUCUACAUCUAUAUGUUACAUAUAUGCCACCUAGUGGUGAUUGGUGGUGUUACAGCAGUUGCUUUCAAGGUUUGAAUGCGCAUCUCUGUAAACUGGUUUGCAACCACUGUUGAACUACUCAUACUCAUACUGUGUGUAUCCAUUUGUAUGGUGUAAGGCCUUAUGCACACCAUAUAUUUCUGUGUAUUUCUAAAACAAGUCAGUGUCUGGCAGCCCCAGACUGCCAGUCCAGGCAUGGUCGGUGGAUACUCCUGGUCCAUGUUUGAAUCAAACACAGUAAAGCUCUGUUAACCUUGGCCAAAUCAGAUUUAGUCUAGAAAUUAUAAUUAUUAAGCCUUGGUUUUAGAAAACAAGAAAGGAUUUUCAGCAUGGCACUCAGUAUAUAGUAAGCACAACUGGAUAUCACCUUAACAUCUUUAUUGGGCAGAAGGGCUUACAUACACAAACUAAGAUUGUCUUGGAUGAGACUCUGUCCCCAUAUUCAGUAAAAUACACCUAUAGCGCCUAAAGAGUCUCAUAGUCCUGGGAAUGUUUAAAGACAUUAUAAAACAAGGCAAUUGCCAAUUGUACUUGAAAUAUAUGUUUCUGUUAAAGGAGUGGUUCAAUUUAAAGUUAAUUUUUAGUACUUUAUAGAAUGGCCAGUGCUAGGUAACUUUUGAAUUGGUCUUCAUUAUUUAUUUUGUUAUAGUUUUUGAAUUAUUUGCUGUCUUCUUCUAAUGCCUUGCAGCUUUCAAGUAGGGGUCACAGCCAGAAAACUACUGCUCUGCGAGGCUCCAGUUUUAUUGUUAUUGUUACUUUUUACUACUCAUUUUUCUAUUUAGGUCCUAUCCUAUUUAUAGUCUCUCAUUCAAACCUCUCCCUGGUUGCUAAGGUGAUUUGGACCCUAGCAACCAGAGAGCUGCUGAAAUGCUAAACUGCAGAGCUGCUGAACAAAAAUUGAAAUAACUUAGAAACUGCAAAUAAUAAAAAAUAAAAAACAAUUGCAAAUAGUCUCCAAAUAUUACUAAGAAUGAACUCAAAGGCGAACAACCCCUUUAACUACAACUGAAUCAUUGGCAGCUGCUAACUGGGGCCAUAUUAUAGUAACUUGCUCUUGAGAUUAUGCUCCUAUAUUUCCCAUGAUUUUGCAGCUUUUGAAAAAGUGGUGCGAUACCACGAAACGCGUCAAGCGUAUGGUCUUUUUCUGUAUAAGCACAACAUGCUUUUAAGGAGAUGGAAUAAAGAAAUGAUUUUUUAAACAGCAGUGUGGAUGUUGCUCCGUACUUAGUUUUUUGGAUCCAUGAUUGCAGGGAGUUGGCCUGGUUAUGGCUGGCUUGAAGUGGAAGAGUGGUAGGGUGGCUUCAGCAAACCUAACCAAAUCACAGUACUUUCUAGCUAUUUACAGGGUUAUUCAAGAAUGCACUCUAUGUACUAAGUGGGAAAAAUAAUCACACAAUUUAAUGCCUACAUGUUAUACAGUUAUCAUUUCUCCGUUCAGCUAGGCCAUAUCACAUGGCUUGUAUUUUUUUAAACAUUUUAAUCUAUAAAAUGCAAUAAAGUUGAUGUAUGUUGAAACUAUGCGUUGGUACAAGUAUUCUGGUGAGAGCAGCUUACAAAUAUGAAUAAGUCGAAUAACAAAUAUUGGCACAAUAAUUACACAGAAACUGGGGCAACUCAUGGAACAGUCAUGGUAAUUGCUGGUCCCGUGAUAAUGACGUACAGAUACCAGAACUGGUAAAGUCACUGUGAUUAUGCAAACAAAUAUAUGGUAAUGUCUAUAAAUAUGCUAAUGAAUGCUGAAAGGAAUUGUCAUACGGAGUGCGGCUUUGUUAGAUUCACUUCAUCUUUUCAGACAAAAUGAACAUUUGAAAAGGAAAAUUCACCUUUAAAUUCACUUUCAGUAUGAUGAUAGUAAGUAGCAUUUUCCUAUUAAAGCCAGAACAAAUCCUGCAUUUGAGAUAAUGUCUAUAUCCAUCUCUAGUUUUAUCAACCCGGUCUGGUCUAGGUAACAAGUAAUAUCAAAUUAUUUUGUACCCCUUAUCCGGAAACCCAUUAUCCAGAAAGUUCCUUAUUAGAGAAAGGCCAUUUUCCAUAGACUCUCAUUUAAUCGAAUAAUUCAUAUUUGUAAAAAUGAUUCCCUUUAUCUCUGUAAUAAUAAAACAGUACCUUGUACUUGAGCCCAACAAAGAAACUAUUAAUCCUUAUUGAAGCCAAAACAAUACUAUUGGGUUUAAUUACUGUUUAAAUAUAUUUUUUAGUAGACUUAAGGUAGGAGAUCUGAAUUACAGAAAGACCCCUUAUCCAGAAAACUGAUUAUUAGGGUCACUAAACCCCAGCAACAAAUUGACUGUGUGACUUUUCAUUUGAUUACCUUGUUUCUCAGGCCUUCUGCUAGGCAACUUCUAUUCUAAAUGAGAAACUAUCCCUGGCUGCUAGUGUAGUAUUAACUCCUAGAGCCAGAUAACAGUUUCAAUUCCAACCCUGAGGGCUGCAUAACAAAAAAAACAUAAAAUAGAAAAUUAAGACCAGUUGCUAAAUGUCAUAGUGUUCUGAUGUCUACAUGGUACUAAAGGUUAAUUUUAAGGUGAACAUCCUCUUUUUAACCCUCUUUUAUCCUGUCAAUACAGUCAUAAUAAUGUAAAUAUAAGCAGCAUCAUAAAGUAUAUGUAAUGCUAAAAUGUUUGAUUAUAUAUGUGUGUUAAAUUAUUUAUAAUGUCUUAAUAAAGCAAUGUAUUAUAUACAGAGA